CCUAAGUGUCCACAACUUUUGGCUGCCUUACUUAGCCCAGGGCGCAGAGGCUGGAAAGGUUGGGGGGAGUAUCGUGUGAGUAAAGAGAGAGAUUUAAAAAAUAGAAGUAGUGAGAAAGGAAGAAGUGAAGGGAACGGACCGGAGAGCAAAAGCCCUCCUGAGAAAGGGAAAGAGAAGGGGAGAGGAGAAAGGAGAGUUUCAUAGCGUCCAGGGCAGUGCAGGAGCCCGAAGGAGCGGAAGCGAUCCUGGGGGGAAGAGGAGUGCGGAGAGGGGAGGGGAGAGGAAGGGCGAGGAGGGGGAGUGAAAACUAGAGGAGGGCGAAGGAAGCGAGGCGCGACACUGCUGGGGAGAGGAGGGCAGUGAGGAGCGAGGAGCGGGCAGAGGCAGCUCCCGCGGCCGAGAGGAGGGAGCGCGGCGCAGAGAGGAGGGGCUUGCGCUCAGUAGAAAUGUCAAUCAGAGCCCGGAGCCCCGGGAAUCUCCGCCAAUCUGUUCGGACCUGACCUGGCUCCUCGCCGCCGCCGUCGCCGCCGCGGAGCAGAUCAAUAGGCGAACGCGGAGCACAGCGCAGCGCGGGCGGCAGCGCGGCCCCAAGCCCGGCCCAGCCCCCGAUGCGCGCCGGAGCCCGCGGGCGGCGCUGAGCUGGGCGGCCCGGGGGUCGGGCCCCCUCUCCGUCGGUGCCCCGCGGGCCACCAUGUCCUUCCCCCAGCUGGGAUACCAAUACAUCCGCCCGCUUUACCCGUCCGAGCGCCCGGGGGCCGCUGGCGGCAGCGGCGGCAGCGCGGGGGCCCGGGGCGGCCCGGGUGCCGGAGCCUCGGAGCUGGCCGCCUCGGGGUCCCUGUCCAACGUGCUCUCGUCCGUGUACGGGGCGCCCUACGCCGCGGCCGCUGCGGCCGCCGCCGCCCAAGGCUACGGCGCCUUCCUGCCCUACGCCGCGGAGCUGCCCAUCUUCCCGCAGCUGGGCGCGCAGUAUGAGCUGAAGGACAGCCCCGGGGUGCAGCAUCCGGCCGCGGCUGCCGCGUUUCCGCACCCGCACCCCGCCUUCUACCCGUAUGGCCAGUACCAGUUCGGGGACCCGUCCCGUCCCAAGAACGCCACCAGGGAGAGCACCAGCACGCUCAAGGCCUGGCUCAACGAGCACCGCAAGAACCCCUACCCCACCAAGGGCGAGAAGAUCAUGCUGGCCAUCAUCACCAAGAUGACCCUCACCCAGGUGUCCACCUGGUUCGCCAACGCGCGCCGGCGCCUCAAGAAGGAGAAUAAGAUGACUUGGGCGCCUCGCAGCCGCACUGACGAGGAGGGAAACGCUUAUGGGAGCGAGCGCGAGGAGGAAGACGAAGAGGAGGACGAGGAGGACGGCAAACGCGAGCUAGAGCUGGAGGAGGAGGAGCUCGGGGGGGAGGAGGAGGACACGGGGGGCGAGGGCCUGGCUGACGACGACGAGGACGAGGAGAUCGAUUUGGAGAACUUAGACGGCGCGGCCACCGAGCCUGAGCUGUCCUUGGCUGGGGCGGCGCGCAGGGAUGGCGACCUAGGCCUGGGACCCAUUUCGGACUCCAAAAAUAGCGACUCGGAAGAUAGCUCUGAGGGCUUAGAGGACCGGCCACUACCAGUCCUGAGUCUGGCUCCAGCGCCACCACCAGUGGCCGUGGCCUCGCCGUCUCUGCCGUCGCCCCCCGUGAGCCUGGACCCUUGCGCUCCCGCACCAGCCCCCGCCUCCGCCCUGCAGAAGCCCAAGAUCUGGUCCCUCGCGGAGACUGCCACAAGCCCGGACAACCCGCGCCGCUCGCCUCCCGGCGCGGGGGGGUCUCCACCGGGGGCAGCGGUCGCGCCUUCCGCCCUGCAGCUCUCUCCGGCCGCCGCCGCCGCCGCUCACAGACUGGUCUCAGCGCCGCUGGGCAAGUUCCCGGCUUGGACCAACCGGCCGUUUCCAGGCCCACCGCCCGGCCCCCGCCAGCACCCGCUCUCCCUGCUGGGCUCUGCCCCUCCGCACCUGCUGGGACUUCCCGGAGCCGCGGGCCACCCGGCUGCCGCCGCCGCCUUCGCUCGGCCCGCGGAGCCCGAAGGCGGAACAGAUCGCUGUAGUGCCUUGGAAGUGGAGAAAAAGUUACUCAAGACAGCUUUCCAGCCCGUGCCCAGGCGCCCCAGACCUCGGGUCCUGACGCCUCGUGCCCACCCUACAGUUAAACCCCAACACACACAUCUACAACUGGACAUAAUUUUACAUUGCGACACCUUCCUGACGAUCGGCCCCAAUCCAAGUAGGAUCUCCCCGCCCUAGGCAGCCUCUGCGCUCCUGAAUCUCACCUCUUUUGCUACUACUGUCUCUCUCUUCCAGGCCCCAGAACCAUCUGGACGCCGCCCUGGUCUUAUCGGCUCUCUCCUCAUCCUAGUUCUUUAAAAAAAAAACAAAAAAACAAAAAAAACUUUUUUUAAUCGUUGUAAUAAUUGUAAAAAAAAAAUCGCUCUGUAUAGUUACAACUUGUAAGCAUGUCCGUGUAUAAAUACCUAAAAGCAAAACUAAACAAAAAAAGUAAGAAAAAGAAAUAAAACCUGUCCUCCUCAGCCCUCCCCAAGUCGCUUCUGUGGCACCCCGCAUUCGCUGUGAGGUUUGUUUGUCCGGUUGAUUUUGGGGGGUGGAGUUUCAGUGAGAAUAAACGUGUCUGCCUUUGUGUGUGUGUAUAUAUACAGAGAAAUGUACAUAUGUGUGAACCAAAUUGUACGAGAAAGUAUCUAUUUUUGGCUAAAUAAAUGAGCUGCUGCCACUUUGACUAUAA